AUGAACCACCCAGAACGUCGAAGGAAAGACCCAGAUCCAAGGGAACAAGGAAGAAACGAUGCAGGAACCCAGUUCGAGUUUGUCUUGGAGAAGGACCAGCCUGGUAUUCGCAGUCAUGCAAUGCGACAAUUUUGGAGGCAGAAACAAGCUAUCGCAAAGGAAGAUCCAAGCGAUGUAACUUCCGCCGGCCGCCGUCUUUAUCCCCGCACAUUAAUGCCGAAUGAUGGCAUCCAAACCUACAGUCAGUUUGAGGGGCUGAAGGAAUUCCGGCAACAGAUGUCAGCUCUCCAACCAAAGGACCACGGGGCAGGAUCAGCAAAUGCAGGCAAAGGGAAUGCGGAGACUUUGGGUAUCCCAGCCCAGAUCUUGUCUGGAAUCCGUCAUGCUCUAGAAUUUGUCAAUUGCGACCCUUUUCAUACCUUUCCAGUGACAUUAACAGCGCAACAUCGCAAGCUGCUAUACCACUGGCUGAGUACGCACACCAGUGGGAUGUCUGUCGCCCUUCCCCACGCGGCUUUCGAUCCCAUCAGAGAGGUUUGGCUACCACUGGAUCUGUCAAACAGCGCCUCCUUCAACGCAACAAUGGCGCACGCAGCAGCCCAUUUGGCCUACCUUCACGGUGAGCUCGCCUCGCCUGAAGCUCUCCGAUACAAAACCGAAGCCAUCAGUAUCAUCACAAAAUGGCUGGAUGAUCCUGAGCAAGCGCUGAGAAACGAAACCCUCGUUUCCGUAGUACGUCUAUUGAUGUUCGAGUUCCCGCCAUGUGCAGAAAUACUGGGGAAUAGAUGGCCAGUGGGAAGUCCAUCGAGAUGGACUGCAACGGCUCAUCAAUGCGAGAGGCGGUCUUUCUGCAUUGCGAGGGGACUGGCGUGUGGAGCUCGUUGUGUUUUUCACUCGGCGGGGUUUUCAGCAUAG